AGCCGCGCCCACUCGGCUGACGUCAGCGCGCCGUCAGGAGGUCCGCAGCGGUCAGUGAACAGGCAGCACUGCACACCGGCAGAGCUGCACAUGGGCGCGGCGGCGGUCCUCAUCACUCGUCGCUAUGGGAAUUACCACCGCGUGCUCAGCUGCGCGAGCCCUCCUCCGUCUGAGAGCGCGUCAGUCGAACACACAGACUAUAAAACGCUGCAGUUGAGGCUGCCGCUGCUCCACAGACGAGCUCAGCUUCCCUCCCAACUGAGGAGGAUGAUGAUGAUGAUGAUGAUGACAAACACCCAGAGAUGAAAAGUGUCACUCAAGCAGCCAACUUGGACCUCGUUUGCUCGAACCUUCAACAUCUUCUGUAAAUCAGGAUGAUGCCUGUCAUGUGUGUGUCUGCAGUGCUCUUAUGUUCAAUGGUGGCUGAUAUUUCAGCUCGGGCCUUGACUGCAACCAGCGUAGAAGACCAGCCCACCCUUUCUGCACGCCAUUAUCAACACACUGACCCCAGCUCGGGCACCAAGCUGGCAUGUGACAAGUGUCCAGCUGGCACCUAUGUGUCAACUCACUGUUCCCCAUCAUCUGUGAGGGAGUGCACUCCUUGCCCUGAGGGUACUUUCACACGGGGUGAGAAUGGAGUCCAGCAAUGCCAUCGCUGUCGGGCUCCCUGCCCUGUGGGCUUCACCGAGAAAGAGCCCUGCACGACCACCCAGGACCGGGUCUGUGCAUGUCCACCCAAUAGCUUCUCUCCAAGGGGUGCUGACGGAGGGUGUAAACCCCACUCCCUUUGUCCUCCGGGUACUCGGGUGAAAAAGCGGGGGACUCAGACGGAGGACGUCCUCUGCAGACCUUGUACCAAGGGGACAUUUUCCAGCGUGGAAUCCAGAGCAACAAAGUGUAGGAAUCAUACAGACUGUCGAGCUCUGGGGUUAGUGCUUCUAUCAACAGGGACUAGAGAAACUGAUAAUGUCUGUGGACCUCCCUCCACUACCCCAUCUUUGUUCCCCCCAUCCUCUUCAUUUGGCCCUGAACAUGCUGCAAUUAAACAGGAACCCAUUUCCUCAACUUUGACAUCAAUACUCUAUGGACCUGCUCAUAAAGGGACCUACAGCCAGUUGGCAUCCCUUCAGCAAAAAUCUUGGAGUGGGGAAGACCAAAAAUCAGAGGGAGAACUACUUAACGAACCUGACACGCCUACCCCGCCGAAUCAGGAUCCUCUAUGGACUCUGCUAGCUUCAGCUCACAAGCAGCCCAAAGAUCAGGGGUCAGAAUUUGAGCAAGAAAACUCUGACUCUAUUCCAAGGCCUGGAAAGCAGUCAAUGGAAGGUCUAGAAAGUUCUGAAACAGGUAGGGCUGGUAUAAGUAAGACAGCAGGCCAGGGGAGUGGAGGUGGGGUCUCCAACUACUACAGACCUUCUCACAGAGGCUCCCCGAAGCCAUCGAUCCACGAUCACUUUGACAUCAACGAGCACCUGCCCUGGAUGAUAGUCCUGCUGCUCUUGCUGGUGCUGGUGGUAAUUGUAGUAUGUAGCGUGAAGCGGAGUUCCAGGGUGUUGAAGAAAGGCCCCGUGCAGGAUCCCAGCAGCAUCAUGGAAAAGUCAAUCCAGAAGAAAUCCUCUGCACCCCCGACACAAAUCAGAGAAAAGUGGAUCUACUGCUGCAAUGGACAGGGUGUGGACAUCCUGAAGCUGGUGGCAGCCCAAGUUGGCGCCCAGUGGAUCGAUAUCUAUCAGUCAUUGGCCAACGCCACGGAGCGCGAGGUGGCCGCCUUCUCUAAUGGCUACUCGUCAGAUCAUGAGCGAGCCUACGCCGCCCUGCAGCACUGGACCAUCCGGGACAGCGACGCCAACCUAGCCAAGCUGAUCAACGCCCUCCACCGGCAGCGCCGCAUCGAUGUGGUGGAGAAGAUCCGCUGCGUCAUGGAGGACCACCCACAGUUUUACACAAACCAGUUGAUGACCUCGGUGAAUGUAAGCCACAGCCUGAGUCCCAUCCACAAGCCGCUGGAGUCUCCCACCAGCGUUGGCAGCAUCGGCAGCGUUGGCAGAGUCAGCGGCAUAGGAAUGGAGCAGUCGCCAAUUGACCGCACUAAAGGCUUCUUUCCCGACGAAUCGGAGCCCCUCCUUCGCUGUGACUCCACCUCCAGCAAAGACUCCGCCCUCAGCAGGAACGGCUCCUUCAUUACCAAAGAGAAAAAAGACACGGUGCUACGACAGGUGCGUCUGGACCCGUGCGACCUGCAGCCCAUCUUUGACGACAUGCUGCACAUUCUGCACCCAGAAGAGCUGCACAUUCUUGAGAAGAUCCCAGCGGCUGAGGACAAGCUAGACCAACUUUUUGAGAUUGCUGGGACCAAGAGUCAAGAGGCCAGCCAGACGCUGCUGGACUCUGUCUACAGCCACCUCCCUGACCUAUUAUAGUAGAGGAACGAGGAGGAGCACGUCCGGAAAGGAAUCAAAGCAUGCAAAAGUGGGGGCAGAUAGAUCUGAAGUAGCUUUAUUGGAGUUUAGCUCAGAUCUGUGAUAUGAUAAAGUUUGAGUCUUCAUGUCAUUUUCUAACAUGAUCUCAGCUUAGGUUUUCUCUCAAUGAGGAGUCUGUAAAAUCUAAACUACUUCAAUGGUCUUGUGUCUAUUCCUUCACAGCAUCCUGUCCUCUACACAUUUAACAAGGUCAACAUAACAAAUAUGAACUGUGAUCUUAAGACUCUUACUAUUAAGAAACGCUGAUCUAUAAGAUGUAUUGACUCCACACGAAUAGCACUUUAUUUAUCUUGUAGGGCCAAUGACUUUGUGUUGAGAGGAUAAUACCGGUGUUUCCCUUUUUUGUUUGUUUGAUUUGUUUUUUGUGCCAAUCAUCCAGGCUUCUUGCCUCUAACAUGACUAAAAUAAUUGAAAAACAGAAACUCAACAGUCAGUGAUUCCUGAUUGCAUGAAAGGAAGCUAAAGAAACACAGUGGUAAAUAAGCUAUAACUCACGAUGACACUGGGAUUCUUUGAUUUUAAGGUUCUUGGAAACCACAUUCUCAGAUAGUUUUGUCCCGACGUGGACUGACCUGUAGGUCAAUGUGCCUCAACUUGAUCCUAUUCAUGUAUGCGCUUUCUUUUCUUUCCUUGCCUGUCUGAACGUGAAGCAUUUAUCACCACCAGCAAGUUGUAGCGUUAGCUGGCUCCAAAACAAAAUUUAUGAUUCAAAAAGAUCCUGGAGUAAGUCAGUAGAAAUUACAAUGUGCGUCUAAAUUCUGAACUAUUUUUCACGGUUUUUCUUUGAGCAAAGCAAGAGGAGCGUCUGCUUCCUGAUUUGAUUGGAAUGGUACAGAAACACUUAGCAUCCGUUUGCCUCAACAAUAGUAGAGUUGAAAAAGUGUUUCCAUUCUAUUUUGGAGCUUCAUGUUGGUUUAGUUUCCUGUCAGAUGAGGAUGUCUGAUUACUUCAGUGGUACAUUAAAAAUUCAAAUGUAACUAUGAUGCACCACUCCUCUCUUCUUCUGCCCUGUCACACUGUUUGCUAACUUCUCGCUAACUUUUAGCUUUUUUUGUUUGUUUGGCCUAACAACUAGUUAGGAUAAACAUUCAUAUUCCACAGCUGUGUACGAGGAAGAUGGUACAACUUUUCGAUAUCCAGCAUCCUCUAAAAGCUUCAUCGAGUGAGAACUCACAAACUUUGUCACACUUUGGGCAGCAAAACACCAGCUACUCUGGUGCUAGGUCUGAACUGUCACCGGCUGGAGGAUGACGUUACCAAGGACUGUUUAAGGAUUUAAGAAAAUAGAAGAGCAACAACCUGUGGACUGCAAGGAAGGCUGUGAAAAAUUGAGAACGCCUUAGCUGCAAGGUCUUAAGAUUUGUAGAAGGAUGACGGUGGGACGUGAAAUGUUUGUGAUUGUGGAGUGGAUGAUUGAGUUUCUCACAUGUAGCCAGUAUGUUGACUAUGUAACCUCUUCAGAUCAACAAAUUAAAGUUCAACAAAUUGUCAUAAGUUU